UACACAUGUGUCCAGUCUAUGACAUUAAUUCGAAGUCGGUUAUCGGGUUUUCUUGUGUGCAUUUGUUAAAGUGAAUUUUUAUUAAAAUUUUCUAACCUAAAAUUUGAAACCAUAAUUUUAGAGUGUUACAGUACAGACUAGUUUGUAAGUUGUGAGAAAAAAGAAAACUUUUUCACGAAAUUUUAAUGGCAGAUAUAAUGACGCCUUGCUGGUUAUUUGUGGUUUCGAUCGCUCUAAUGACUUUAGUAAGCGAAUCGUACGCCAUCAACUGCUACUACUGCAACAGCGCCAACAACACGGCCUGCCUGGACCUAAAGCAGUAUGAUGAAGAGGAUCUCGCCAGGAUUAUACCAAUAGUGGACUGUGAGAAGGCGAUACCUAGUUCUAUUCGCCUCAACUUCUUUUGUCGGAAGAUUAUUCAGACUAUCUACCACACAGACACGUACUCCAGUGUCCGCGUCACCCGCAGCUGUGGUUGGGUGCCCAGCAAGCAACCCUGCUACCAUACGAGCAACCGUGACCACGUCGAGACUGUCUGUCAGUGCUUCGACGACAUGUGUAACGCAGCGGACCAUGUGGACCCAGGCGCGAUGACUGUAUUAUUUUUAGUACUGGCCUGUAUUUUGUAUUUAUUUAGUGAUUAAAUUUUGAUAAAGUUUUGUA